CUCCCCCUUCCCGGAGCCCCGAGGGGCCGGAGCUCCUGGCGGUGCGGGAUCCUGACGGCGGCCUUCCCCUGGGUCUGAACGCAAGAAAUGAGAAAGAAACAGCGUCCCUGGAUGUCCUUCCGGGGCGCUCAGGCGGCUUCGCUACAAAAUAAAACUGGUUGACACCGGAUGUGUUUCCUCCAGACUAAGUCCAUCUUCCGGCCUGGGCCCGCAGCUGCGGAAGCCUCAAUCCCAAAUUUGUGAGUCGAUUGUGACAAUGGCUGCUGAAUCUGAAGUUCUGCACUUCCAGUUUGAACAGCAAGGAGAUGUGGUCUUGCAGAAAAUGAAUCUCUUGAGACAGCAGAAUUUAUUUUGUGAUGUAUCAAUUUAUAUUAAUGACACUGAGUUCCAGGGGCACAAAGUGAUUUUGGCUGCUUGUUCUACUUUCAUGAGAGAUCAGUUUUUACUCACACAAUCAAAACAUGUCAGAAUCACCAUCCUGCAAAGUGCGGAAGUUGGAAGAAAAUUGUUACUCUCUUGCUAUACUGGCGCACUAGAAGUUAAAAGAAAAGAACUUUUGAAAUAUUUGACUGCUGCCAGUUACCUUCAGAUGGUUCACAUUGUGGAAAAGUGCACAGAAGCUUUGUCAAAGUAUCUGGAAAUUGAUCUUGCCAUGAAAAAUAACCAACACACUGACCUGUGUCAGUCUUCUGAUCUGUAUCAUAAAAGUGAAGAAGAAAAUUCUGAAAGAGACUGUGAGAUAAUUGAAAUUUCAGAAGAUAGCCCAGUAAACAUAGAUUUCCAUGUUAAAGAAGAAGAAAACAAUGCAUUACAGUCUACAGUACAGAGCUUGACAUCAGAAAGAAAGGAAAUGAAGUCACCAGAGCUGUCUACAGUAGAUAUAGGUUUUAAAGACAAUGAAAUUUGUAUCCUCCAUGUAGAAUCUAUCAGUACAGCUGGUGUAGAAAAUGAGCAGUUUUCACAGCCUUGUACCUCAUCUAAAGCAAGCAUGUAUCUCUCUGAAACACAGCAUUCACUGAUCAAUUCUACAGUAGAAAGCAGAGUGGCAGAAUUUCCUGGAAAUCAAGGCCAGGGCUUAUUUUGUGAGAAUAUUAAUGGAAGUCAUGGCACAGUGAAUGAGAUUCAGAAUGUGGAAGAGAAUCAUACACUGAGGCACCAGUGCCCUAGGUGUCCUCGAGGGUUUCUUCAUGUUGAAAAUUAUCUUCGCCACCUUAAGAUGCAUAAAUUGUUCUUGUGCUUACAGUGUGGAAAAACAUUCACACAAAAGAAAAAUCUUAACCGGCAUAUUCGAGGGCAUAUGGGCAUACGACCUUUUCAGUGUACUGUGUGCUUAAAGACCUUUACUGCCAAAAGCACACUUCAAGACCACUUGAACAUACAUAGUGGGGAUCGGCCAUACAAGUGCCAUUGUUGUGAUAUGGAUUUCAAGCACAAAUCUGCCCUCAAAAAACACUUAACUUCUGUUCAUGGCAGAAGUAGUGGUGAAAAACUCUCUAGGCCUGAUCUGAAAAGGCAAAAUCUAUUAUAAUUGGAAUUGUGGACUUGCUCUGUAAAUCUUGUGUCACUCUGUUGGGCAAGUCUUUGUGUAGAAAUGCAGCAUUUGUAAUACUGUACCCUCUCUCCUAAUUGAUAGGUUUUAUUUUCAGUCUGCCUGUGCAUACUAUUUUUUUCUGAACUAAAGUCAUGGGAGACUUGAUAAAACUGAUGGUAUGCUUUCUAUACUGUAUCAAUCUCAAAGAAAUAUAUGCCUGGAGAAAGUGUUCUUUUAAAUAUUCUCAAUUGUAAUUCAGAACAGUAUUUGCAGAUUCUGAUGUAUAUUCUCUAGGUAAUUGUUUUAAACAUUAAGUCCAAACAUAUAAUAACUUUAAUGAAUUAGGGUAACAAAAAAUAAAUUUAAAAAUACUAUUAUCAAUCACUGGUCACUUUAAGAACAAAUAGGAUUAGCAAAUUUUUUUUUCUUUCAACUUUUAGCCAGUGUUCUUAGGUCUAAACUAAGGUGCUUACAGUUUAGAACUAAGGUACCUGUAAUCUUAAACUAUAAAGAAACAAUUGAAAUUCACUUGGUGAUAGCCAAAAUACUUGCAUUGCUAUUUUUUAUCACUACAUAUACUUCAGAAUACAUAGGUCCAUGUUUCUUGAUUAUAUUUAAUACAAAUGGAAUUAAUAAUUUUGUGGCCAGUAAAAUAUCAUUGGCAUAAAGCUGUGAAAAAUUACUUUUCUAGAAAUUCCAGUUUUAUCAAAGAUACUUGUUUCACUGUGUCUUUCCUAAAGUUCCUCUUUAUGUUUUGUUAACAUUUGUUGACCUUUUAGGUAUAUAUGUCUAUGACUCUUAACACAUACACAUAUUUGUGCACUACCACUGCAGCUGAGAUGCAGAACAGUUCCACCACCCCUAAAAACUGCCUCAUGCUGUUCCUUGUUACUUCCUCCUAGUUACAAAUCGAUCUUCAUUGCUAUAAUUUUGCCUUUUCUGGAAUGUUAUCUAAAUGAAAUCUUAUUUUCACCCAACCAAACACCUUUGAAAUCAUUCAUGUGUUUAUCAAUUGGUCAUUCUUUUUAUUUUCACUUGUCUAUAUAUAUAUUCUGUCACCGAUGAAUGGUUUAAAUGUGGUUAGCUACUAAUAUUAUUAGUUAUAAUUCUUAAUUCACAUUAACAUUUUACAUUCACUAUGUUAAGAAAAAAUUCUUACCCAUCCCUAGAAUUAUAUUUCUGUAAAGUGCCAAAAGAAAAGCUGUAAUUCUGAUUAUUUUAGAGAUUAAUAUUUCAAACUGUGUUCUGAGCCCUAGCUUCUUGAUAUCCUUGUCUACAUAUAAUACAGAUAUUUUUGUUGUUGUAACAAAGAUCAAAGUAUAUUCCAGGGCAAAUCUCUUCUGAAACACAGGUAAUACUUUGAGUAAAGAAGUCUGACUGGAUGUAUCUUACUUUAAAAGUUAACACUUUAUUCCUUCUGUACUUACCUCACCUUUAUGUAGAAAUUCUACUGUAUUUAACUUUUACUGGUUCCCUUCUGUAUUUUAAAACAUAACAUACUUUUUAUCAUUUCUAAGAAUUUCAUGACGAAUUCCAUGUUGUUAUAAACAUUAAAUAUAGUUUUUGUGAUACUUUUAUGGAAAAGAUAUCCUCUAUUGAAUUUUAAAUCUGGAAGAGACUUUUUUAAAAUUCAAAUCUCUUAUUUGAUGAGAAAACUGACUUCAUAACUCUAGGUCACUAAUUCCUGAUAAUGGGCAGGUUCUUGAACUUUAAUUUACAGGUAUAAUAACAAUCCUUUUUAAGCUCUUUUUCCAGGACUAAAAAUACUAAAAUUUUACAUUUAAUUUUUCCAGUGCAAAAAAAGGGAGAGGGAGCAAAAGAGAAGAAUGUGUCUUUAUGGAUGUUACUAUUUGAGCACUCCAUCAGAGAUAAAAAUUUUUCUAAAUACUGUUCUUUAAUUUGAUAACAGUUUAAAGCUUAAUUUUCUUUGCCACUUGUAGUUGUGGCCAUUUAUAGUUGUGAAAACAUUUCCUUUUCAGAAAUCAUUUACUUGUGAUUAAGGUACUUUUCUUAUUUUUUUCUUCCUAGGAUGAAAUAUGGAGGGAGGGCUAAGGAUGGGAGAAGAGAAUUUUUUAAAAAACUGACUUUUUUGAGGAAUUGGUAUCUAUCUUGAAUGCUUGGUAAAAAAUUUUAGUUGAAACAAUGUCUAAGUGUACCUUGUCAGAUUGUUGUACUAGUUUUUGAACACUGAGAUUUUUGUGUAUGAGGAAGGUGUUUUGUAAAAGUGGUAAGUGUUAUUUAUAUUAUUUAUUCUGGUAAGUAGCACAGAGUAAUCUCAAAACAUUCCUAGGAGAGUAUCUGUUUGCAUGAUGUGUCUAAAAUAUCUCAGAAAAACAGAAUCUUAACAUGCAGGUAUCGCAAAGUAAGAUUUAUUCAUUUAAAAUACUUUUAAAGUUUUUGUUUCAGAUAUGACAGAAAAGUGUAAUAUCUUCUGAUUUCAGCCCCUUACUACAUAUACAUGUAUGAAAGAUCUUGAAAAGGUAGUUGUUAAAGAGAAAAUCCUUGUCCUUUUUCCUUGGAUGUAACUAUCUUAAAUGUUUACAUAAAAAAUAAACUGGAGGUAAGAAUAGAAAA